AUGUUCUCUGCCAUGCUGAUGGACGCCUACCGCGAUGAACGCCCCGGGAUCCGCAUCGCCUAUAGGACGGACGCUCAACUUCUGAAUCAACGGCGGAUGCACUUCCAAUCGCGCAUAUCCACAACCACCGUUCACGAACUUCUCUUCGCCGACGACUUCGCCCUGAACACCACCUCGGAAGGGGAGACACAAUGGAGCAUGGACCUCUUCUCUGCCGCCCGCGAGAAAGUCGGUCUGGUCAUUAACACGCAGAAGACGGUGGUGAUGCAUCAGAAAAUGAAGAUGCGAUCACUGGGCCAAGAAAAUUAUUUGCCUGACGUUUCGGAUUCUUACUCGAAUCCAUCAUCAGAGACAUUCGCAGAUAGAGGUGAAGGUAUUGGACAGGACAGACUACAAUCAAAAAGUCAAAAGCUUGUUGGAGGGUCGUCAGUCCUAUGUCCCAUGCGAAUCAAACCCCAUGAAAACGCUGACACGCGAGACUAA